AUGGCGACCAGCACGCCCCAGCCCGCCGUCGUCCAGAAACUCCUCGCCCGCGCCCACUCCCCAGACAGCGCCGCGCGCAUAUUCACCGAAAAGAUCCAAUACCGGCCCCUCCUCCUGCGCCCUUCCUCCCCCGCCGACCACGGCGCGGGACGCCCGACGCAAGACCCGCCAAGCCGAGAAGCAGAGGAGGAAAAAGCAGAAGCCGAAACCGCUGUCGGCCGCCGAGCGCCGGCGCCUCGGCCUGUACGAGGUCCCCGCGCCGGCGCCAAGUACGCCCUCUUCGAGCCCUGCGGGCUGUGGUUGGGCUACGCGCGCGAGAUCCUCGGCGGCGACGUGUACAGGGGCGGGCCGGACGCCGCGCAGAAGCUGACGAGCGCCGACUUCCACGGCGCCGAGGUGGAGGUUUCGAGGAGCGCGUGCGUGAGCAGGGUGGGUGUGCGCGGCAUCGUGAUCAAGGACUCGAGGUUCGUGUUCGAGGUCGUCACGAAGAGGAAUCGGGUGAAAACGAUACCAAAGGAGGGCACCAUUUUCCGCGUCGUUAUUCCCGUUGAGGCGGGAGACGCAGAGAAGAUACCCAGCAAGGCGGAGGAGUUCGUAUUUGAGAUUCACGGCGACCAGUUUCUCUACCGCGCGGCCGAUCGGGCCAACAAGAAGUUUAAAAGUCACUUUUCUAAGACUCUUUGA